AAUUUUCUGUGACACCUCAUCAACAAACCAAACCCUUGCCGAAAAAUCGACAAUCGGAGGAGGGCAUCAUAAAGAGGAAAAAAGCGGCGGUUUAAUAUCGUUCGUCUGUGUUUCGCUCUUAUUCCCUCCGUCUCUGCCCCAGAGAUUUUCGUAUUGAAGCAGAAGCAGUAAAUUCUUCAAAGCAGCAGCAGCAGCAGCUCUUUGUUUUGAAACGCACAAGUAUCAGCAUCGAGGCAGGCGCGCAGCAAUCACUUAUACAAGCCAGGCCAGUAAUACUAUUUGGUUUAUUUUAAUUUUUCACAUUUAUUACAAAGAAGCCCAGGGUUUCUCAGAAGAAAACUAUUUGUCCCUAUUGUUUUGUAUGAGGGACAAUUAGUUGUUGUUUAGGGUUUUGGGAGCAAUCAUGGUUGAUUCUAAGACGGACGAUAACAAAGACACUGUGAAAGAUAGACACGAUGGUCGUGUUACCAAUGAUAUCACGAUGAUUGACACAGAGGUCGAAAAGGAGGAAUUAUCUUACCUGGAGGAGGAAGAGGAUACCCACCUUGGAAACAAGGAUUCUUCUCCUCAAUUUCAAGCCACACAAGUUGAAAACAAGGAAUCCCUUCUCCGUGACCUUAAGCAAAACCCUGUUGUUGCAACUGCACAAGAGUUGCAUUCAGAAAAAGGUCCUCACUACCCUAAUGUUAAAUUGCCCAAAGAAGGUAGCUCGAUUAAGGAGCAAGGUUUGAUUGACCUUUCCAGUGUUGUUAUCUCAGCUGGGACUGUUGCUGAUCCUGAAAGUAAUGCCAAUACAACUAAGCUACUACAAGGCAACUCUGGAAAAGCUGAUGGCACACAUCUGGAUCCCCUGAUUCAGUCAGACUCUAUCUUACCCAGUAAGAUGGGGGGGCAGGAAUUGAACAAUGGGUUGACUGGGAUGGAGUUUGAUCCGGACACUGCAACAAAGGAAGAGGAACUGAGGAAUGAGGAAACAGGGUCAGAGUUGCAACCAGAAAAUGAAAGAAAGGACAAGGCAUCCAACAAUGAGAUGACCAAGAUGGAGUUUCUACUGGGAAAUGAAAUAAAGGAUGGGGAAUUGAAUGUUGGGGUGACUAAAAUGGAGUUGCCUCCAGAUACUGAAACAAAGGAGGAGGAAUUGCACAACGGGGUGACUGGAAUGGAGUUACCACCGGACAAUGAAAUUAAAGAAGAAUUAAACAAUGCAGUGACAGGGAUGGAGGUGUUAUCCAACAAUGAAAUAAAGGAAGAAUCACCAAAGAAGGAGUUGGAUGUAGGAGAUGCAGUUGAUGCCAAGACCUCAAACAAGUCGUUCUUGGAAACGAAUGCUAAUGGGGGUGAUGAGUCCGGAACUGAGGAAGAGCAAGCAGCAUUCAUGAAGGAGCUGGAAACUUUCCACAAAGAGAGGUGCUUGGAAUUCAAACCUCCAAGAUUUUAUGGAGAGCCAUUAAAUUGCCUCAAGUUAUGGAGAGCAGUCAUCAGACUUGGUGGCUAUGAACAGGUGACUUCAUGCAAGUUGUGGCGGCAAGUUGGAGAAUCAUUCAAGCCCCCAAAGACCUGUACUACUGUUUCGUGGACAUUUCGAUGUUUUUAUGAAAAGGCAUUACUGGAAUAUGAAAAGCAUAAAAUGCGUAGCGGUGAGCUACCUUUCACUGAUGCUUCUUUUACAGAGCCUACAAGUGCUGGUAAUCAGCCGGGUGUACAUCAAGCUUCAGGGUCAGGUAGGGCAAGAAGAGAUGCUGCAGCUCGUGCUAUGCAGGGUUGGCACUCUCAGCGUCUUCUUGGGAAUGGUGAGGUUGGGGACCCAAUUAUAAAGGAUAAAAACUCAACUUCUACUCCAAAGCGUGAAAAACAGCUUAAAAGCAUUGGUUUGCUAAAACGUAAGAAGCCAUCACCUGUUGAGCGUGCUGUCAAAGCUGCACGCCUGAAAGCAUCAAAGCCACAAUCUGACUCAAUGGUUGUUGAUAUUGGUCCCGCGGCUGAUUGGGUAAAGAUCAAUGUGCAGAGAACUAAAGACUGCUUUGAGAUAUAUGCUUUGGUUCCUGGGCUUUUGCGUGAGGAGGUGCGAGUUCAGUCGGAUCCAGCAGGGCGCUUGGUUAUAUCUGGCCAACCAGAGCAAGUGGACAAUCCUUGGGGUGUCACUCCAUUCAAGAAGGUUUGUAUUAUGCAUCUUUUGAGAGGUUCAUCCUCGUUCAAUCCCAGAAAAGUAAGAAAGACCUUAUCUCACCUUGCAACACAGGAAAGGUUGUCAGCCUACCUUCUAGGAUUGAUCCUCAUCAGACAUCCGCUGUGGUCACCCUACAUGGCCAGUUGUUUGUGAGAGUACCAUUCGAGCAGUCAGAUCUAUAGAUAUUGGAAUAUCAUGUGCAUAGAUUGUUCUUACCAUCUUUGCAAAGAGAAUCAGAGACUUUUUGGAAGAAAUAUAGGCAUGAAAUUCAGCUGUUGGAUGCAAGUUUUGCUUGGGCAACUUGCUUACAGCUGAAGCAUAACAAUGUAGCUAACUUAUCCAGUUGGGUUUGUUUCAUAUGCUUUCUUGUUUUCAGACCACCUGUGUAGUUAUUAAUGAUAAAUUAUCAUGGUUGGGUAGUCAUGUUGUUUUUGCAGUUAGGAGCGGGGGCUGCAAAAGUCACCAUUUUACUGUAUUGAGCUAUAUAUGUUUUUUUUUUGGAUACAAGGUGUUAGCAAUUUAUACUUUUGGUUCUGGUGUUCAUGCCAUUGUUAUUGCUUUAUAUAUUGUGUUGUUUGGUUCUCCUA